UUCAGCUCACACUCUCUUGCCCCUCUUCCUCUUCCUCUCUCUCUCCCCUCUCCUUCGCUUUGCUUUCUGGUUGUCUCUCUCUCCCCUCUCAUCUCCAGCUUUCGUUCUGUUUUCAUGAUUUGCUCUCAUUCUAUUUCUCCUGGCCUCUCAUCUCCACCUUACUCUCUCCCUUUAAGCCAAGCUUCUCUCUCUUCUCACUGGCUUUCUAGCUCCACAUCUCUCUGCGCUCUCUCUCUCUCUCUCUCUCGAAGACUACUGGAUCUUCUGUAAUGGCCGUACCCUCUUGGUUAACCGUCUGCUCCACUCUCAUGGCCCGAAAAUCGUCGCUAUCGCCCGAAAAUCAAGAUUCUCCAGCCUCCUCUUCCACCUCUGGGUCGAGCUCAGACAACCCUAGCUCCACUGAAACCUCACUCAACUCCGAAACCAGCCUCCAAUCCAUAGGAAGCCUUUAUAGCCUACCCUCUGUCGCGUCCUUGCAAUUACAUUCAACACCGCAGGAAAAUCUCUCCCCUAUUAAUUUCCGGCUAAUAUCCUCUGUCGAAUUGAAUUCUGGUGCAAUCCAGGCCCUCCAUCUGGCCGGAAAAUGCCUGUACACAGGUACUUCCGGAAACCAGAUCCAAGCCCUAGAUAAACUCAAUCUGGCUCUUGUUUCGACCCUAGGAAACCCUAACCCUUGUGGGAAACAUCACGGCGCGGUGAAAUCACUAGCCAUUGAUGGCGAUAGCCUCUUCAUUGCUUUCCAAGACUCAAAGAUUAGGGUUUUCAGCCUCACUAGCCCCAAGCAAAAGCCGAUCACAUCUCUCCCCACCAUUAAAGAUCGCUUGAUCCGUUUCAUCUGGCCCCAAAAUUAUGUCCAGAUUAGGCGCCAUAGAAAACGGCUCUGGAUCUCUCAUGCUGACGCCGUUUCCGCCAUUGCCAUUAAUCCAGGGUUUCUCUACUCCGUCUCAUGGGACAAAACCCUAAAAAUAUGGCGUCUCUCCGACUACAAAUGUCUGGAAUCUCUAAAGGCCCAUGACGACGCCAUUAAUGCGGUUACCGUCUCAAAAGAAGGCUUCAUAUACACAGGUUCUGCAGAUAAACGAAUCAAGGUUUGGACAAAGAGAAACGGGGCCAAAAGACACGAGCUUGUGGCCACUCUGGAAAGACACAAAUCCGCUAUUAACGCUCUGGCCUUGAGCUCAGAUGGUUCAGUGCUUUAUUCUGGUUCAGGCGACCGUUCAAUUUUGGUUUGGGAACGAGAAGACAGUGCUCAAUACAUGAGCGUGGCCGGUGCCUUAAGGGGCCACAAGCGAGCCAUAUUGAGCCUAGUCGUGGGCUCGGUGGAUUUGACAGUAGGCUCAGUGAUGGUGUUUAGUGGCUCCGCAGAUCGGACAGUUAGGGUCUGGAGAAGAGGGGCUGACGGGCGGCACAUCUGCUUGGCCGUGCUUGAUGGGCACCAUGGGCCGGUUCGGGCCUUAGUAGCUGGGUUCCAAGGUGGGCUCGAUCAUGGACUUGGGUCGUGGUUCGUGUAUAGUGGGUGCGGUCGUGGCGAGGUCAGGGUUUGGGAGGUCUCGGGUUCGAACUCUGAGGAGACCGAAUUGCUGUGACUUCGAUAAUAGCUUUGCAGUUGACCUAAGAAAGAAAAGUCUUUACAAAGAGAGUGAUGAGAAAAGUAGUGAGGAUGGUGUUUGUUUAGGUGUGUGAUUAUUUGAUUGCUUCUUUGUAUGAAUUUCGGUAGAUAUUCGGUAAGAAUUUUCGGCGAUUGAGAAGCGCGCUUUCACUCA